UGGACGAAGAAGAAGAAGACUGCACAUGCGUAGUUACUUGGUUCAGAUAGUAGGUUCAUUAAUUUGCACGUGGCUGGAUAAGAGCAUGAUGAGAAGUUUGUUUCUUUGAAGAGCGCAGUGGACAUGCAGUGGAAGUGAUUCCAAGAGAGUUUCAUUGUGGAACACCCCUGUCGCUUCUGUAUGGUGAAGAAGAGUGAAAUCCAACAAAGAGAGGUGCGGACAGGAGCAUUUGAAUCCAGGACCAAGCUAAAUCACGACAGGUCCACAUGACACAAUGGAGAUGAGAAGAGUGAUUGUGACUGACAAUGAUAUUCGGAAGGUCACACUUCCUAGCAAACCACAAACCCUGGACUCCCUGAUUGAACAGCUUGGGCAGCAUCUUGAUCUUCCAUACACGUUCUCUCUUCAGUAUGAAGACGCUGAUUUUAACAAUGCACUUGUUAACCUUACUGACAUUGCAGAUUUACCUGAGAAGCCCACUUUGAAGGUAAUCUCUCUCGUGACAUCACCUACACCGAGCCAGGCCGACACCGACAUUAUUUCUGUUACCUCUCAAGAAGAGACACCUCUUACACGCCAGGAUCCAUGGCCAGAAACAUUUGAAAUUCCCAGCUUUUCCGUGGAUGUGGAAUACAGACUGCGCCAGGGAAACCUCUUGUUUAUGAGAGAUAAGACAUACUUGCAAGUUCCCAGGGACAUGAAACAUGAAGUGCUUGAAAAGCUCGCUGAGGCUAUGUACAAAUUUAAAGCAUAUCCCCGUGAAGAAGAUUUCAAUGAUGUUGCAUCGGCACUUGUCAAAAAACAUCCAUGCCUUUUUGAACCAGGCUCCUCCACUGGAUGGAACGGAUGGAAAAACAGUAUAAAGUUUAAAAUGGGUAAUUACAGGAGCAAACUACGGAGAGCUGGAUGCACCGAUGUUCUUGUUAAUUCAAUGAAAAGAGGGAGCCAAGAUUCUCCAAGAAAUGUCAAGAAACCCAAACGAUUCGAGAUCAAUUUCCUACCCAAUAUGCCUUCUGGUGAAAAUGAAAGCAGCAUGGAAUCAAAACGAUUAGAAAUUGUGGAGGAAAUGAAGAAACAACAUCCAAGUUCUACACUGAUAGCACAGUACAUGGACAUAACUUUUUCUCUAAGAAGAAAAGAGUUGGUUGAAAAGGAGCCUUCAGUAAAAGAGACUUUACAAAGAUGGCCAGCACUCUUCAGGGAAAGUCAGAUUAUUGCUGAGUUCAACCGGAUCACAAGCAAAAACCUCAAGCAAGAAUUCUUCUCAGCCCUUGAUAAACAUACUUCUCGUUUUCUGGAAAUUUUCGAAUCAAAGAAAGGCACAGCUGGAAAAAAGCUCUUGGAGCUUCUAAUGCAAAUGAAGUCUGCAAACAUCACUGAUGUCACUGCUCGACAGACAGCUGUUCUCCGUGGUCUUGCUGUCCUUCUUGGGGAAGACACUACAGACUUCUUCAAAACAUGCUUUGACAUUGAUAUCGUUGCACCUCAAGUACCGAUAGGAAUUCUCACUGUGGUGCCAGAGGACAGCCCAAUGUCUCCACAAGGUUUGCAAUUGGAGGUCACUGAUACAGCAAUAAUUUUGGAGGGUGUUAUAGCAAUGGAUGGACUUGAGAAUGUUCCACAUUCCAUUUGUUUUGUUUUUGGGCUAAUCUAUGCUUUAAAUAUGGAGUACCCUUCACAGCUUAAAAACACUUUUGAGUUCAUUCAAAGGGUUUUUCUUUCCCUGGGGCACAAAUCUCUCAAGCCAAAACUGCAAUCACUAAAAAACCUACUGAUGUUUUAAUGUGUUUUUGUGUUUCUGAUGGCAGAAACAAGACCAUGUUACUGUAGGUCUGUUGUUGCAUUUUUUUUGAGUUUUAAUCAGUCACCUGCCAACCUGGAUACAAAACCAAAACUCCAGUCACUAAAAGCUUUGUAGUAAAGAAUUUGUUCAAUGUUUUUAAUA